AUCUUGCAACAGCGACUGAAUCCAUCAGUCAAUCAUUCUUCUGUCAUGACUCGAAAUAGCAGGACAGCGUCCAAAUUUGCAAGACCGCACCCAAAAAGCGAUUUGGACCAGCGCUAGAAAUUGGCUCACAACUCGGACAACAACCGAAACAACUAACUAACCAAUCCAAAACAAGGCGAUAAAGCAGCGACAAUGACAAUGACAAUGACUCUUAUCAGUACUCAGACAGCUGAAGGAAAGGACCCCAUUGGCGCAUCCAAGCUUCACACUUCCAACCAGAACACUGAUAUGAUCUCAAAGCAGGAACACCUUAAGAUCCUGGCCCUUCAAAGACAAGUAAACGGUCCUCAGGAUGAGCUGCCAGUAGACCCCCGCACUGGAACUGAUCGGCUAUUCAAGCUGGUCUACGGCUUUAUGGCACGGUUGCAUACUGGUUGCUGGCAAUGAGUUCAUCUAACUUGACUCUCAAUGCUCUGUGUACAUUGGAAUUCUAUCUUGCAUUGCUCCCAUUGUUCUCAAUGUGGACCUACUUCAUUUGUUCAACUUGCAACCUAUGUCAGGUCUAUGUCCCAACAUCUCGCAUUGAAGGAUGGUUGCCCAUGUCGGUCCCGCAUGGAGUUGAAGUUCACAAGCAUCAUACGGCACAUUCCAUCUCAGUUCUGUCCAGCGUGAGAGGCAGUCAAGCUCGACUCACCUUAUGUUGUGUGUAGCAUCUGAGAUUGCAUGUGUUGCCUUGUUCAUUCUCAUUCAUCAAGACCUGCAAUUCCGUCAGGCACAGAUCUUUGUGUUCAAUGACAAACUUGAUGCCGCCCCAGUGUGUCUCCUUCUUUCCAUCACUGGAAUUUUCUUUUUGGGGCAUUUUGAUUUGAACCGAUAUGACAAUACUGCAUAUCUCUUGCACUAUGCAGUUGCUGGCUUUUUGACCCUUGGAAGUUUGGGGCUUGUUUUCCUUGAUGAAUUUUCAUUGCUAAGUGUUGGGCUCACAGGUGGAUUUCUGGUGUUUGCUUCAGCCUUCUUUAUUGUGGGCGAGCUUGUCCCUGCUUAUUCGGAAGAUGUGGCAAAGGUCAGCUUCUAUAGCAAGCUUUGCGUCAUUAUUGAAAUCAUUGGAUUUCUACAUUUGGGAUUGAUUCUUGGUUUCACCAUGAAUGCCAGUGGUCCAAACAAUGGCAACAUUUGGGCUUCACCCUUCUACAACAGCCAAGCAGUCAAUGGCUGUCAGGCCACUCUUUGAUUACCUUUAUCGAUAAAUGGCAGCGAAACUCGUAUGUCUUUUAAGGAGUCUGA